GUGCCCAGAGCGGGAAAGCCGCUUUCUCCUCCGCCCGCCCCGGCGGCGCCGAGCCGGAACCCGCGGCGCGCAGCUUGUUCCUGGGCGGGGAGGCCUCAGAGGAGCCACAGGGAGCGUGAGGGGCCUGUCGCUGCGGGCCGGGGCUAUGAGCCGUUAUCAGAGGUUGGUGAGCACCUCCUUUCAGUGCCAAAGGUUCCACAGUGCAGCAGGAUGUCUAAAGAGCAAAACUGGGGCAGAGCACCGCUGGUUGGAGCGGCAUCUGAAGGAUCCGUUUGUUAAGGCAACAAAACAGCAUAAUUAUCGUUGUCGGAGUGCCUUUAAAUUGCUGGAGAUAGAUGACAAACAUAAGUUUCUUUGUCCAGGGCUCUCUGUGAUAGACUGUGGGGCAGCUCCUGGAGCUUGGAGUCAGGUUGCUGUACAGCGAGUCAAUGCUUUGGGCACUGACCCUAAUGUCCCUGUUGGUUUUGUCCUUGGAGUGGACCUUCUUCGUAUUUCCCCUCUGGAAGGAGCAGUCUUCCUUUCCAAUGCUGAUAUUACAGAUUCAGUCACACUUAAGAAGAUUCAAGAACUUCUUCCUACAGAGAAAGCAGAUGUUAUCUUGAGUGACAUGGCACCUAAUGCCUCUGGGGUACGGGAGCUAGAUCAUCAGAAGUUGAUUAACUUGUGCUUGUCUCUUUUGGAUUUGUCCAAAAUUAUCUUACGGCCAAGCGGAACCAUCCUCUGUAAGUUCUGGGAUGGACGGGAAACCCAUCUCCUCCAAAACAGACUGAAGGAGAAUUUCCAGGAUGUGAGAACGAUAAAGCCUCAGUCCAGCCGGAAAGAGUCAGCAGAGAUCUAUUACUUGGCAAAACGGUACAAUGGUGGAGUGAAACAUCAGAAACACUGACAAAUGUGUCUACCCUUAUUGCAGUAGUUGUUAAGUUACUGACUGGGGAUUUUGAUUUGAGCUGUAUUUUUUUAAAAAUCCCAGUAUUGAGACUCUUAAAUUGAAUUGCGUUAUUGUUAAGUCUAAUUUAGUGAAAUCUGUCUGUUAUAUAACAACUUAGAGGUUCAUCAUGUUUUACACACACAAAAUAAAAGUCUUGUUGCCCUAG